AAUGGUUAUAUUUGAACGCACUCUGCAACUGCGAAGUUUACCUAACCUAUAAACCUAACAGUUUCACGUACCGCUUCGUUUCUAUUCAAUCAUCUUACCUUAAAAGGUAAUAAUUGGACUGUUUGUUAUAAAAAGAUAGAGAUAAGAAAAAAAAAAAAUAAUUACAAGAUACAAUUGUUAACUAAAUUGAUACACGAAAUGUCUGAUCCGCGUAUACGAACUUUAAAAAUUAAGACCGGAGUAGUAAAACGUCUUGCUAAAGAAAAAGUUACUUACGAAAAAGAAGCGGCCCAACAACGUCAAAGAAUACAGCAAUUAAAAGAACAGGACAAGGAUGGAUAUGAUAUUAAGAAACAAGAGGAAGUUUUACAAGAAUCUCUUAUGAUGGUACCGGACUGUCAACGUCGUCUUGUAAAAGCUUUCGAAGAAUUAAAGGGUAUUUUGGAUACGGAACAGGAUUUAAAAGAAGCUGAGGAUUAUAUAGAAGCGGAAAAAGUAUUGCAAGAAGCCGAAGCUCAACUCCCUAAAGAAGGAGAAAUUUUGGAAAUGUGUUAGACGAAGAUUAAUGUCCAAGUUAAAUCUUUUCUACGCAAUUAAUUAUUUUUAUGUAUUAUUAACUUUAAAAAGCAAUCCGCAUUUCUGUUAAUUAUUAAGGCUAAGAUAGAAAUAAGAUAUUUCUUUAGAUUUUAUAUUUAUUGAUUAUAAAGAAUUGCAUUUAACAAUCAAGAAUUUUCACAUAGAUUUUGCUAAUAUAAAUAACGGUUUUCAUUUCAAUAAUGUAUUAUCCAACAAAUUAUAACGAAUCCAUGUAUAGCUUAAAUUACAAUGUAAACUUUCAACAAAAUUUA